CCUCCCCUGACAUCAUGUACACCUUCGUGGUACGCGACGAGAACAGCAGCGUCUAUGCAGAGGUUUCCAAGCUGCUCCUUUCGACUGGACAAUGGAAACGGCUGAAGAGAGACAACCCCAGGUUUAACUUGAUGCUAGGAGAGAGGAACAGGCUGCCCUUUGGAAGACUGGGUCAUGAACCUGGGCUUAUACAGUUGGUGAAUUAUUACAGAGGGGCUGACAAACUUUGUCGCAAAGCUUCUUUGGUUAAGUUAAUCAAGACAAGUCCUGAAUUGACAGAAUCGUGCACAUGGUUUCCGGAAUCUUAUGUGAUUUAUCCGACUAAUCUCAAGACUCCUGUGGCCCCUGCAUCUCCAGCGCAUAAUGGAAUCCGCAAUUUGAUAAACAAUUCAAGGACAGAUGAAAGGGAAGUCUUCCUUGCCUCCUAUAACAGGAGGAAGGAGGGUGGGGAGGGCAACGUAUGGAUAGCCAAAUCCUCAGCAGGUGCCAAAGGUGAAGGCAUUCUUAUUUCUUCAGAGGCUACAGAACUUCUGGAUUUUAUAGAUAACCAAGGACAAGUGCAUGUGAUUCAGAAAUACCUUGAGAAGCCUAUGCUUUUAGAGCCAGGUCACCGCAAAUUUGAUAUUCGGAGCUGGGUCCUAGUGGAUCACCAAUAUAAUCUCUACCUCUACAGAGAGGGUGUGCUUCGGACCUCUUCAGAACCAUACAAUAUUACUAAUUUCCAAGACAAAACUUGCCAUUUGACCAAUCACUGCAUUCAAAAGGAAUACUCAAAAAACUAUGGAAAAUAUGAAGAAGGGAAUGAAAUGUUCUUUGAAGAAUUCAAUCAGUAUCUAAUAAGUGCUUUGAACAUCACACUGGAAAAUAGUAUCUUAUUACAAAUCAAACAAAUAAUAAGAAGCUGCCUUAUGUGUAUAGAGCCUGCAAUCAGCACCAAACACCUUCACUACCAGAGUUUCCAGCUCUUCGGCUUUGACUUCAUGGUGGAUGAGGAGCUGAAGGUCUGGCUCAUUGAAGUCAAUGGGGCUCCUGCAUGUGCACAGAAACUUUACGCAGAGCUUUGCCAAGGUAUAGUGGAUAUAGCCAUAUCCAGUGUCUUUCCUCUUGCUGACACAGUGCAAAAGCAGAACCAACAGGCUGCAUUUAUCAAGCUAUGAUGAAGAGAUGAUCAAAGCAUACAUAUGAGAGAACUGCCACACACUGGUUUUUGGGGGGCAGGAGGGAGGGUAAGUGGGCAGGGGGGACAGAGAUUAUUAGAUUGUUUGAAAUCAUGCCAAAAAUGGGAGAGAAGUGGAUUUUUUUUACCUGCAAGGGAAGAAGAAAAUAAAAAUAAACACUUUCAAGGAGAAUCCAGGAUGAGCCAAAGCUGCUCAAAAUGUUUUACCAGACUUUGCUCUAAACACAGCUCAUACAACUCUUGAAAACUGAAGCAAAUCUCUCUGGGAGGACAGCAAAAUAUUACUUUAAAAAAAUAAGGAUUCAAUAAUUUUAUGUUCUCAUCCUUUUUUAAAAAAAAAUCUUAUUUUUACUAAUAAGGCAACUUUGUGAACAGCAUCUCUCUUCCUCAGGGACCCAGGGAAGCUUGGUCCUUUUGUUAAUGUGUAAGUUAUUUCCACCUGCUGCAGUCUUAGUGCCUUAGCUCAGUUCCCAAUAGGUAACUUUUCUCUUCUUUUCCAUUAAGAAAAUCUGUCUUGUUCUGGGAACUAAGAACUCCUCAGAGCAUUAAUGUUUGGUUACUGACUCCCCCGUACCUCCUCCAUCCCAUAUCCAUGUGUCCUGUCCUCCUGGCACCUGUUGAAAACCUGAAAGGAAUAAACACCAAUAGGUUUGAGCUCAGGAUGAGGAUCCAAGCUAAAAGAUGAAGAGGUUUCCUAAUAAGACUAGGAUCAGUUGUCAGUUAGAAUUUCCAUCAUAGGGAGAUGGAAAAGGGUGUUGAGAUCUUCUUAAGCUAAUCUAUGGAUUUAAGGAAAAUUAACUUAACUCUUAAUAGUCUUUAAAUAUCUACCCUUCUCUCUCCAUCCUCCACCUGACCCCAUAUCAAUGAACAAAAAAUAGCAUCUUUUCAUUUCUUACCAGAUUGGGUUGAGAUCUAUUUUUUAAAUUAACAUACAGAAGAUCCUUAUUUUAAGCUAACUUAUUGAAGAGUAUUGUCAAAAUCUCAUUUUAAUGAUUUUCUUUUAAAUUUUUUUUAAAUUCCUCUCAGUAAUGUUUUCUGCAUUUUGAAAAAGUAGACAUCCUUCUUCCCAAUGAAUUUGUUCCUACUCUUCCAACAUCUCUCUGAAUUUCCAGGUCAGUAACUCCACUAUCCAUGACUUUACCUUUACCUCUUCCCCCUUGGGCUCUAAGUAUUAUUCUGUCAGUUCUGACUACCUACCUGUGCUGCAAAGCACUGUGGGAACUGUUUUUAGAGAUUGGUGAAUCACUCAACUGGAGCAGUCUCCUUUGAAAAAAGGGAGGGGGAGAUGGCUUUCAGAAGUCCACACGGCACAUAAAGGAUUUUCCCCUGCCAGUCUCUCCUCUCCAUCCCCACCCUCAUUUUUUCCCUUUAAUUUAGUUGUAUUUUAGACUUAUAAAGCUGACUCUGUCCCUUUUUAUGUUUCCUCUCUUUGGAGGAUUCAUCAGGAGACCAAAUGAGUAGCAGGUUGGAAGUUUUGAGAUCAUAUUUGUCUUUAAUGUGUCAUUCAUGCACUUAGAAUGUCAGUAGGGAUAAAGAUUAGCAAAAAGACCUUUUGAUAGCAUUUAGGAAAUGACAGUCAGGCUUAUGCAAAUGGUCUGAUAAGAAAAUGACCCUCCUCUUACAGUAACACGAAAUGUCUUUUUCAUAGCCGUUGUGCAGUGUUAGGUCUGAGGCACGCUGUAUCUCUCAUUCUUGGCACAAUAAAACAACUGUACAAUGA